AUGGAUAUUUUGGAACUUAUACACACCGACACUCAACAUAGUGAAAGUCGACCAUUUCGUUGCAGCUGGGAUGGCUGUAGUAAAGCGUUUUCGCGCCGAUCUGACCUUGCGAGACAUGGUCGAAUUCACACAAAUGAAAGAGACAUAUCAUCAUUUAACAAUCACCAUUUUUCAUUUGAUAGACCAUUCGCUUGCACAGAAACCGGAUGCGGAAAGAGUUUCAUUCAGCGUUCGGCACUCACCGUCCACAUGAGAACACAUUCCGGUGAACGACCACACAUUUGUGAACAGCCGGACUGUAAGAAGACAUUUAGUGAUAGUAGCUCGCUGGCGAGACAUCGACGCAUUCAUACAGGAAAGCGACCAUACAAAUGUGGUUUCGAUAGUUGUGGGAAAAGUCCUUCGUCGGUCUCCUCUUCCGGCUCAUCACCUAUAAGCACACCGACAACUCCUAACUUUCCCCCAACUUAUUAUUCAUCAUCAUUGUCGUCUUUAUCAUCUUCGCCCUCGUCUUCUUUAUCACGAAGUAACAGUAUUGGAUCAACAUCAUCAGCUACAUCAAUAUCAAAUGGAACAGAUCAAUUAGAUGAGGAUGAAGAUGAAUAUGAUGAAUAUAACGAUCGAUAA